AUGUUUGUGAAAAUUACUGGAAUACAACGGCAAGUGUUUAUUUCACUGUGUUUAUACCUUGGACAGAUAUUGGCUGGUUACUCUGCCAGUUGGCCGGGGCCCGUUAUACCAAAAUUGCGUGACCUUGAACAAUCGCCGCUCCCGUAUCUGUUGACAGAGGCUCAACUGGCAUUAGUCGCAACUUGUACGUACUUAGGCGGCAUCGCAGGUCCGUACAUAGUGCUAUGGCUGUCAAAUGUAACUGGACGAAAGCCUUGUCUAUUACUAGCUGGAGCUGUAUUGGCCAUAGCGUAUAUAAUUUUGGCAACAACAAAAAACAUAGCAUUACUGCUCGUUGGUAGAGUAUUGUCUGGAGCUGCGUGUGGUGCGAUUGCUGUAACCAACAUUGUAUAUAUUGGGGAAAUUGCGUCAGCAAGUAUAAGAGGAAUUCUUUUAACAGUUAUUGGCGUAUUCCACACUUUGGGUUCAAUAUUAAUAUUUGCUAUCGGUCCAUACGUAUCAUAUCUAUGGACCACUUAUGUUGCACUGGCUGUAAUUGCAGUUUUUUUAAUUUCUGUGUUAUUUAUACCAGAAACACCUAUUUUCUAUGCUUUGCAGGGUAGAGAUGAAGAAUUAAAGAAAGUAUUGCAAGACUUAGACAGAUUAGGAGAUAUAAAUGAACUGCUAGAAAUGAAAAAUCACGGUGCAGUUACGAACACUAAAAGAGAAUGGAAGGAGCUGUUCACUAUACGAAGUAACAGAAAAGCAUUGUUCAUAGUUGUUAUUAUUAACAUAUUUCAAAAUGGCAGCGGCAUUAUGGCUGUAGUUUUAUUUUCUGCAGCUAUAUUUGAUAUGGCUGGAUCAUCGAUAAAAUCUAAUUUAGCUAUGAUAAUAAUUGGAUGUUUCCAACUAUUAGGAAGUACUGUUACACCGUUCUUCAUAGAAAGAACUGGGAGAAAAAGAAUUUUGAUUAUGUCAAGUGCAUUAUGUUCUUUAAGCAUGUUCAUACUUGGUUUGUACUUCUACUUAGACCACAUAGGGAAUUCUGUCAUCGAGCAUAUCAAGUUUUUGCCGUUGGUGGUUCUGAUUUUGUUUUACAUUGGUUAUGAUUCUGGUCUUGGCAUAAUCCCAAAUGCCAUAAUAGGAGAAAUGUUUACAACCAAUGUCAGAAGCAAGGGAUCAACUGUAGCCAUGACGGCGUCAUGGGGUUUUGGAUUCUUGGUGACAACAGCUUUUGGUGCAUUACUGAAAACUGUCGGAGGACAUGUAGCUUUCUGGUUCUUCUCAUUCAUAUGCGCCUGCGCAAUACUUUUUACUGUUUUCUUUAUCCCAGAGACAAAAGGAAAAACUUUGUUGGAGAUUCAAAAUGCUUUGUGA